AUGCUUCCUCCCGUACUCAUGCUGCCUCGUGAAUAUGAUGAUGCAGUGUUCGUCGUCCCUCCCGUGGUACCAUAGAGGUUCGUUCUCCUGAAGGCAUCGGGAGAUCCAGGAAGGAAUCAUAGAAUAUGAUCCACAGAGCCAGCCCAAGAACCAACCCCUAACCUAACUUUUUUUUUCUUCAUCAUUAAAUUGACAUCGGCUCUGGAACAACUUCUAUAUUACUUCAGAGCCGGCGAUGGAGCCGAAGAUUCACCCGACAACGUUCCAACUCCACCAGUAGGCGGCCCUCCUCGUCCAGUUUUAAUCCAAGAGCGCGUAAGACUCUGACAAUGGCCGACUGGUCAUUACCAAAACCCGGUUCUACCCGGACCACUGACACCUCGUCCUAGGAUCCAAAUCUCGUGGUAAUUUCUGUUUAGCGGUGAGCAUUGAUUUCAAGAACGCAUUUAACUCCCUCAGAUGGAACGAUAUUCUUGAUGCUGUAGUGGAGUGGGGGUACCAGAAUACCUGUAUGCAAUGUUCCAAUAGGACUAGCACUAUCGAGUCACCUGCUUCACCAGGUAGAGCCAUGGACGUUUCCAUAACGGCAAGCGUACCGCAGGGUUCGGUAGUAGGUCCGCUACUAUAGAACGUCAUUUAUGACUCUGUAGAAGGGCAGAGCUUCUACAUGGAUCUCGGCUCAUCAGAUUUACCAAUGACACGUUGAUUAUAGUCAGGAAAACAAUCAGUAAACUAGAGAGUCACGCAAACGAAGCGUUUAGUCUGAUUGGAGGAAGAAUUCUGGGACUGGGUUUUCAGAUUGCAACCGAGAAGACAGUUGGGGUGCUUUUCACCAACAAGUACAAAUAUACGAAACUAGUGGUGACUAUUCUUAGUGAACUCAUUAGUCUCAAGACCGAGAUGACUUAUCUUGGGAUUACCUUUGACAAGUCAAUGCUGUUUAAGUUCUAUGAUAAGAUAGCUGCGGAGAAGGAGGAGAAGAUCAGCGCCUAAUUAUCACGGAUCAUACUAAACAUGAGAGGCUCAAGGAAGCCAAAAAGACGACUGUUAUAGUUCGUAAUGCACUUAGUUUUGUUUUAUGGCGCACCGACCAGGCCAUAUUCGCCGAGAUACGUGCUUGGGAAUGGGACCCUAUUAAUGAAGGUGCAAAGGAGAGUACUGUUGCGCAGUAUCUGUCUUUAUCGCACGGUAUUCGAGGUAACAAUCAACAUUAUAACAAACACCUCACCGGCGGAUCUGUUAGCUAA